AUGUCGACUUUGGAGGAUCUUGACGACCUUGAGCGCGAGGAGAGAGACAAGAAGAAGGAGCAAGGUGAUGGCGGUGACGACAAGCGGCCCGGUGACGAUGCUGAGAUGAAGGAUGCCGAUGGGAAGAAGAAAGACGAGGAAGAAGAGCUUCUAGACGAGGAGAUUCUGAGUUCAAGUACAGCGGACAUUGUCAAGCGACGGCGGAUGCUGGAGAACGAGCUUCGUAUAAUGAAAAGCGAAUACCAGCGGUUGACGCACGAACAGAAUACGAUGAGGGAGAAGGUCAAGGAUAACCAAGAAAAGAUUGAGAAUAACAGACAAUUGCCAUACCUCGUCGGAAAUGUUGUCGAGCUACUGGACUUGGACGUCGAAGCUGAAGCUGCCGAGGAGGGCGCCAAUAUCGACCUGGAUGCUACUCGAGUAGGCAAGUCGGCUGUCAUCAAAACGUCGACCCGCCAGACAAUCUACCUUCCUCUUAUCGGUCUAGUCGACCACGAGAAACUCAAGCCCGGUGACCUUAUUGGUGUUAACAAGGAUUCAUACCUCAUUCUUGAUACCCUACCAGCCGAAUACGACAACCGGGUGAAAGCCAUGGAGGUCGAUGAGAAGCCCACAGAGAAGUACACAGACAUUGGUGGUCUGGAUAAGCAGAUUGAGGAAAUUGUCGAAGCUAUAGUAUGGCCUAUGAAGGAGGCGGAAAGGUUCAAGAAGCUUGGCAUCAAGGCGCCAAAGGGUGCCCUUAUGUACGGUCCCCCCGGUACAGGAAAGACGCUUCUCGCCCGAGCCUGUGCCGCAGAGACAAAUGCAACCUUCCUGAAGCUCGCCGGUCCCCAGCUCGUGCAAAUGUUCAUCGGUGACGGCGCUAAGCUUGUCCGGGAUUGUUUCGCUCUCGCCAAAGAGAAAGCGCCCUCUAUCAUCUUCAUCGACGAGCUCGAUGCCGUGGGAACAAAGCGUUUUGACUCCGAAAAGUCCGGUGACCGUGAAGUUCAACGAACCAUGCUGGAACUUCUCAACCAGCUCGACGGUUUUGCCUCCGAUGACCGAAUCAAGGUCCUUGCCGCCACUAACCGUGUUGAUGUUCUCGACCCUGCCCUCCUCCGUUCCGGCCGCCUCGACCGAAAGAUCGAAUUCCCGCUUCCCAACGAGGAGGCCCGAGCCAACAUUCUCCAGAUCCAUUCGCGCAAGAUGACUGUCGAAGACUCCGUCAACUGGGCUGAACUGGCUCGCAGCACGGACGAGUUUGGUGGUGCGCAGUUGAAGGCCGUUUGCGUGGAAGCCGGUAUGAUUGCCCUCCGAAAAGGCUCGAGCAAGAUCGGGCACGAAAAUUACGUCGAUGCCAUUGCCGAAGUCCAGGCAAAGAAGAAGGAUACGAACAUGGGUAUCUAUGUUUAG